AAGCAGGCAGUAAACGGGCAGAGUCACCUUCGUGGUAUCAGCGAAAGAUGGCAGCGUCCUUGCGGUUGGGGCACUGUAGAGGGCUAUGUAAGGUUUUACUGGCAAACUGCAGGAGUACGUCUUGUAAAGCAAUAAAAACAUCUCUGUUGGGGUGCUAUGGAGACCAUUAUAGAUCUAUCCAGACCACAGGGGGAUUGUUUGGAGGAAACUGGAGCUCCCAGCGAAAACCGAUUGAACACAAGGAGGACUUACAGACUCCGAAUGGAAGGCACCCCAAUCAAGAAACAAAGAAAAGUGUGCCAUCAGUUAAAAUUGUAUUGCAUGCACAAUUGCCCACUAUGCAGAAAGGAAAUAUCGUGAAAUGGCUAAAGAAAGAAGGUGAUUCAGUGUCUGCUGGUGAUGUACUUUGUGAAGUUGAAACAGAUGGAGGAAUGAUAACCAUGUUGGAAGCCCAUGAAGAUGGCACCUUAGCAAAGAUUUUGGUCCAAGAUGGCAGUAAAAAUGUGCCACUGGGAGCUCUGCUUGCGUUGCUUGUUGAAGAAGGACAGGACUGGACACAGGUAGAGGUUCCUGCUGAUUCAGGUUCUGUGCCCCCUGCUCAGGAUAAACCCGCAGGCGUUCCAGAGACAUCACCAGUGGGUCCCAGUGCAUCAGCUCCCCAAACUGUCAAACACUAUCCUGAGAUAACACAGUCUCGUCUAAGUCCUGCUGCUCGUCACAUAUUGGCAUCUCAUGGACUCGACCCGACUCAGGUUGUUCCCUCGGGACCUAGAGGACUAAUCACUAAAGAAGAUGCCCUCCGAAUGAUAAAGCAGCAGGAGACUGGCACAGCUGUAGCUCCAACAGAUGUGAAAGAAGCUCCUGCACCUCCAACCCCACCUCAGCCUACUGCAGCACCUUCAAUCCCUCAAGAAGUCCCUGCUCCUGCACCAUUUGCUCAUCCAAGGCCUGCUACACCACUUAUGUCCACUCCAGGAAAGCCGUUUGCACCGGGAACAUUCACUGAUACACCUGCUAGCACCAUUCGAAGAGUAAUUGCAUCAAGACUAACAGAGUCUAAAACUACGGUACCCCAUUCAUACACAUCCAUUAGCUGUAACAUUGAUAAGGUUCUUCAGAUGAGAAAGGACCUGGCUAAAGAUAACAUAAAGGUUUCAGUCAAUGAUUUCAUUGUUAAGGCAGUUGCUGUGACACUCAAACAAGUUCCAGAUGUAAAUGUGGUUUGGAGUGGAGAAGGCGCCAAGCAUUUGAACUCCAUUGACAUUUCCAUUGCUGUAGCCACAGACCGUGGCCUUAUUACACCAAUCAUAAGAGAUGCUGCCGCUAAGGGAAUUCAGGACAUUUCUGCAUCUGCAAAGGAGCUGGCAAAAAAAUCAAGAGAUGGAAAGCUGUUACCUCAAGAAUACCAAGGAGGCUCCUUUACUGUUUCCAAUUUAGGAAUGUACGGAAUUUCUGAGUUUACUGCUAUCAUCAAUCCCCCUCAGGCUUGCAUACUGGCUGUUGGUGGUUCCCGACCGGAGCUUUCUGUGUCUGUAAAUGAAGAUGGAACCCAAAAAAUCCAACAAAAACAAUCUAUGACAGUCACAUUAUCAAGUGAUGGACGCAUUGUUGAUGAUGCACUUGCUUCAAGGUUUCUGGAAAACUUCAAAUUAAAUAUUGAAAACCCCAACCGUCUUAUUAUGUUUUGAAUUCUGUUACAAGUGUUUUCACGGAAUCUCUGCAUCUGGCUUGUGGAAAAAACAUAAAUGAGACUAGAAAAGUAACACAACUGGAAUGUUAAUUUUAAAGAGGCACUGGAAAUAUUUCUGCUUUUCAUGUUAACUGCUUUUGAUCAAGGUUGUUUUUCUCCUUAUUAUAAAUAUAAUUUCUGUAGAGCCACACAAACAUUUUAGCACAUUUCAUUUAAAGAGCCAAUAACUUUAAUAGCAACCAUUUACAUUGAAGUAUACAAUAUUUCUAUGCAGUUGUUACUGUUUUUUGUUUUGCUAGAAAAAAACUUUUCUGCCUGUCCAAGUAAGAUACACAAGAUGAGUUGGACAAGGAUAUCUCUGGAAGCCAAAAUGGGUUACACAUUCUGAGAUAAAUUGUUUCUAGCUGACAGCGACUUCUAGAUCUAGACAAUAGUUACUAAGAGGCUUGUGUAGCAAAAUGUCAGAAAGUUGCUGUAGCUAAUGGAAGAAAAAAAGCUACUAGACAAUUUAUUUUUGUACUAGGUUUAGUGUUCUACACCAGCCUAUCACCAUUAGCAAACCCUUUUUUACAUUUCCUUUGUGUUUCUCACUACUGAAUGGGUAAUUCAUUGCUUGGUAAUGUUGACUGUAUCAGCACAGUCAUAGUUCACAGAUGUUUCAUCAGCAGUAGAACAGUCAGCAAAAGUGUCUAAGCUGACCAUUAUCUGUUAUCAUUUGCAUUAAGUAAUUGUUGUCUUGAAAAACAAGCAACAGUCCUGUGUGACUUAUAUUGGACCAGACCACAGAACGAAGCUUAGCAUGUCUGCUUCUGGGUAAACCACUGCAUGUUCCAACAUUAUGAUAAUAAUGUUUUGUGUCACACAAAUAAUCUUUGAUUUUCUGGCACCCCUUCUUCGCAUACUGUUAUGAAAAUAAGAUGUUUUAAUUUGUAAAUAUUUUAUUUUAUGUUUUUUUGCUUCAUUUUCAUAACCUGACGGGCAGUAGAGGAUUUCAGCCAUCUAUAAUUUGCCUCCACUUUUUUCCUUCCUUGAUGAAUAAGACAAGCUGUUGAAAAAACUGACAACAUUUACAAAAUAAUGCACUGCUUACUAAAUGGAUACGCAAACACCAAUCCUAGAAGUUGUUUGUGUCUAAAAAUCAUAUUUCUGAGGCAGUUCUGAGCAUUUAAAGAGAAUACCCAAAAGGUUUUCUGUAAAACCAACCACGUAAAGUCAAGAGCAUGUACAAGGGGAGUUUAUGGUCCAGAAUCGGGCAGAAUAGGUAGCUUUUUCUGUGGGUAGCCUCAUAAGUGUGGAAAGGGGGCCACAAUUGGGUAGUUUAAAGUAAAAGCAGGUCUGUUGCAUACUUGUGGUGUAAAGGCCAUCAGCUCAAUACAUUGCAGUCCAUCCUUGGAAGAAUUACCACAUCAUGUUUCACAGUUUGUGAAGGUGGAAAAAAAUUUCCUUCCACAAGGUUAUUUGUUUACUGUCCUACUUUAUCCAUACCCAUGUGUUGUGGACUAAACUGGGUCUAUAUAUUGAAGUUUCUUGUCAAGUAAGAUUCUUCGAAGUUGUAGAUUUGCUAAUGGGUGAUUUGGUAGAGGUAAACUCAUUUGCCUCUUUAUGAGCCAGAUAUAUUCAAGACAAGACUUUUGAAAGUAUCUUCAGCUGAAGCAUGCUAUUAGCUCUUUUCAGGAAUCAUCCUGUAGGCGAACAGGAUAUAAAAGUUGGUUGAAUUUAAAUUCUCAGUCUGGUACCAGAUAGGUAUCAUGACAUGUAUGAAAGAGUUAAGGCAGUCAGAUUUAUAAAGUAUUAAUGUUCUCUUCUUUUAUUACCCCCUUACUUUAUUCCCUAUUGUUUGCUCACCAGAGCACUGAGGAGUUACAUAACAUUCCAUAAAGACAGAUACAAACAUUUUAGCUAAUUUCUCUUAUACAACCAAUCCAUAUUAAUUUGGGAAAUUUCAUAACCCCAAAAAAGUUACACAUUUCUUUAUUCACCAUAGCCUCAUGUUCAGGCAGUGUACCAAAAACAUAUCUUUGUAACUCAUGCUCAUCACAAAACUACUACUUUGUUCCCAAAUCCCUCUCAGGAAAAAAAAAAACAAAAUUUAAAGUUCUUUCUUGUGGCAUAGCAAAUUAUUAGUGAGGAUAGUGGAUGAUAAUCUUAAAUUCGAUCUGCAAAUACAAAGUUGCACAAGAAAAAUUCAU